GGAAGUGUUCCUGUGAUAUAAACACCUCCUCAAUGCAGCUUCUGUUCAAUCACUACAGCUCCUCAAAAACACAGAAAAGACAACACUGGAAGAGAAAUGUCUCUUCAGAUCAUGUUCCUACUGCUAGCUGUGGUGCUGCAGCAAUCCCCAGGAAAGGCAGACGUUUUGCUAAGUGAAAUUUCUGAAAUGUUGAAGGAGGAAAUUGUUAACAAACACAAUUCUAUAAGGAGACAGGUGCAACCAACUGCUAGCAAUAUGAUGAAAAUGAUGUGGAAUGAGAAAGCUGCCAUGAGUGCGGGAAGAUGGGCUAGUAAAUGUCAAGCAAUAUCUAGUCCCAAGGAAGAGCGAAUGGUGGAUGACGUCCUAUGUGGUGAGCUUAUACUAGAAACAAAUUAUGGCACCUUGUGGUCUGAUGCAAUUGAAUCACUUUCAAGAGGAAAGAAUUACUUCCAGUACCGCACUGGGGCAACUGACCCAACCAAAAAUAUCCAUGGCUAUACUCAGAUUGUCUGGCAUAAUUCAGACCAGGUUGGAUGUGCACUUGCCUUCUGUCCUGAAGGAACCAAGUUCAUAUAUGUUUGCCGUUACUGUCCUGCUGGAAACAUAAAAGGACAACUGAACACACCAUACAAAGCAGGCCCACCAUGUGGAGACUGCCUUGGGAGCUGUGAGGAUAAUCUCUGUUUGCUUUCAGAUAGCUCAUGCCCAUAUAGAGAUGCAUAUGAUGAUUGUGAUGACCUAGUAGAGUCUUUCACGUGCGGACAGAAGUUUGUUGAAGAACAAUGUCUAGCCUCCUGCAAAUGCCCCAGAGAUAAAUAAUAUAUACACAAAAAUUACAAGAUUCCUCCUCAGAGAAUACUUCACUGAAGAAUAAUGUAAUUGAACAUUAAAAAUGUUUUUUGAAAACUGACUAAAAAUUAGCAGCUGAAAUCAGAAGUGUAAAAAUAAAGCAGG